AUGUCCUUGAACAUAUCAACCAGACAUCAUUCAUAUUUUUCACAUACAAACAAACCACCAUUUUGCUUUCAUUAUUAUUCAAAUCCACCACCAUCAUAUGAAGUACCACGGUCGUUGAUCAUUUCCGAUGAACAAAUCCAAUCCAAUCAAAUAAUAAAUACACCUUUACAUGAUAAAAAUCGAUGGUCUAAAUCGAGUACUAUCACACAAUAUGCAAACAGUGCAAUAAAUUCUACUCAACCACAACCAGUAUUGUAUAAUGAUCACAAAAAUAUAGAAACUCAUCGACAUAAGUCACGGAAACACCACAAACAUCAACAUGUCGUAAGAAAACAAUCGUUAGCAAAGUCAGCCUUGACUUCUCAACGUUCCGAAACUGUUGACAAAAAUCAACAACAGCAGUUUCUUUCUUCAAUCAAGUAUUAUUGUCAUAUUUUAAGAGAUCAAUCCGAUAUCAUCUCUGAGGAAGAAUUAACGGAUCUACUGAAUCAACUAACACUUGUACUGAAAAAUUUUCAUAAUAAUGACCAACAACAAUGGUCCAACCUUGUCGAAAUUCUCGAUGCACUCAUUUGUGUUCCUUCAUUAAUAUUAGCAUCUGUUUCAUGGAAUAAUUUUUUUUCUGUACUUCAAAUACUAUUCAUUGAUAUACUUCGUCGAUGGCGUUAUCUCUCAUAUCUACCAGAUCAUGAAGCUUUUACAUUUCGUUCUAUGACUAAAUUAAUAAGUAUAAUAAUCAAUAAUGUUCACAGCAUUGAUCAACUUCCAUCAUGGUUAUCUGAUGCUACCUUAUGUGAAACGAUUACUAAUUGUCUUACAGAUAUAGCCAUUUCAGGAAAGUUUCUCGACGAUAAAAACAAUCAUCAAUUAAAAACUUUCACACAUUUAAUUCAAGCAUAUACUGAUUAUCAACAAUGUUUGAAUGAUAAAAAUCAUUCCAACAAAGAUAUAUUCGUGUUAUUAAUUGAUCCUAUUAUACACUGUCUCGCUUCAUCUCAUUAUAUUAAUACUUUUUCAAAUAUGUCACAGAAAGAAAAAUCAAUGACAACAAUUGAAGAACUUUUUCUUCUUAAAUGUCCAUCAUUUCUUACUUCGUACAAUGGGUCUCGUCUUGAACAAACUAUGGAAAAUUUACUUUCAGUUAUGCUACCACAAUAUGUCACAUUAUUAGAUAAGAUAGUUCCUACAGUACAUAAUUGGAACCAAUCAACAACUGAAGCAGUCAAUCAAUUAUUACAAAUAAUCAAUCAUGGAGCAAAUCAAUUUCAAAUAAAUGCCAAACUUGUUAGUGAACAUUUAUCAUUAAUUGAUCAUGUGUUAAAAUUAGUCAAUGAACCAAUAUUUUAUAAUAAUCUAGAAGAAACAUUAUCGAAUUCAGAAACAAAUUUUAUGAAUACAGCUAUUAAAUCGAUGAAGCCUUCAAAACAAUUUAAUAGUUCACAGUAUUCAUCAUUAUCUACUCGUCAGACUGAUUUUCAAAGUUUUAUCAUAAAUAAAGAUCCAAAAACAAUUUCUAAUUCUGAAUUGAAAAAAUUACUUGACCAACAUCCAAAACAACUUAACAAAAUGCGGCAUAAAAGUUCACAACAACAAAUAUCCAUUCUUAUUGAUUUUAUGUCGACACUUUACCGUGUUCCGAAAUCAACAUUAUUAUCUGUUGCACACAAUAAAUUUUUUACUUUACUUCAAUUUCCAUUUACUGAUUUGCUUCGUCGAUGGUGUCGUUCUUCUGAUCUAACGGAUAACGAAAUUUAUAUGUUUCGUACUAUAGUUAAAUUGAUAAAAAGAUUUCUCAAAGCUACGGAUGCCAACGAAUUGCUUCCGUCAUGGUUGUUAGAUACGACGUUUCUCAAUACAGUUGCCGAUUGUCUUACAUAUAUAGCCACAUCAAAAGAAUUUCUCUAUGAUAAAAAUAAUCGUCUAUUAAAAUAUUUCACACGUUUAAUUGACUCAUAUGUUCGUUAUCAAGAAUUUUUCGACGAUGAAAAUCAUUCUAAUAAAGACGCACUAGUGCUCUUACUGGAUCCUAUUCUACAAUGUCUCACUUCAUCUCGUUAUAUUGAUACUUUUACAAAUAUAUCACAAGAUAAAAAAUCAAUGACAACUAAUGAAAAAUUUUUUCUUCUCAAGUGUCCAUCAUUUGUCAUCUCGUACAAGGGAUUACGUCUCGAACAAACUAUGAACAAUUUACUUUCAACUAUGCUACCACAAUAUGUAACAUUAUUAGAUAAGAUAGUUCCUGCAGUACAAAAUUGGAAACGAGCAAUGACUCGAUCUGUACAAUAUUUAUUAAAAACUAUCAAUCAUGGAGCAGAUCAAUUUCAAAUAAAUGCCAAACUUGUUAGUAAACAUUUAUCAUUAAUUGAUCAUGUGUUAAAAUUAGUCAAUGAACCAAUAUUUUAUAAUAAUCUAGAAGAAACAUUAUCGAAUUCAGAAACAAAUUUUAUGAAUACAGCUAUUAGUUUUCUUGUCAAUAUGAUUAGUGAACCAGCCAUACUAGCUCAAGUAAAAGAAUCACAAGUAACACCUGUAUUUCUUCGUUUAACAUCAUGUCAAUAUAAACCAUUAGUACUCAAUGUUUAUACUCUUCUUGCAUACACAACAUAUGAAGAAGAUAUUAAAGCUAUGCAUGAUGUCGGUCGAUUACUUGCUACAAUUAUUGAAUCACUAAAAAUAGUACUCAAUCGAAAGCCUGAAAAGAGAACUCAAGUAGAACAAUUACUUGAAACUUUGAAAGGUCUUGUUCAACAUGAUCAAAUAAAAGAUGAAAUUAUAAAACAAAAUGCACUUCCAUUUCUUCUUCAAUGUACGAAUCAAUUAACAAGAAGAGCAUUGGUACUAAUAUUUGAAAUUUUAUGGUGUUUAACAUUCUUCGAAGAAAUUGCUCGUGUUUUACGUGCUGAUUUAAAUUUUCUUGACAAGAUUCAAACUAUAUCUAAGGACAACAAAAAUGAACCAUUGAAAAAGGCAGUUGAUGGACUUGUUUGGAAACUUAUACAAGAACCAGUAUUCUUGGAAAAGAUUGCAAAACAGGAAGAAGAACAGAAAGAAGAUGCAGAUGUAAUAAAUACAACAACAAAAGUACUCUUAAUAUCAGAUAAAAGCGUACAGGUUGCAAUAACAAAACAGCGCAAUGUAACGCCAAUCGAACGUUCAUAUCAAUAUGAUAUCAUGAUUUCAUAUUGUCAUGUUGAUAAAGAACUAACUUAUAAAAUUCAUCAAUAUCUUGUUAAUCAAAAUUUCAAAGUAUGGAUUGAUCUAAAUAAUAUGUAUGGACCAGCUAUGAGUGCUAUGGCUGAUGCUGUUGAAAAUUCAGAAUUUGUCAUUAUGUGCAUGUCAGAUUCAUAUAAACGAAGUACAUAUUGUCAAGCUGAAGCAGAAUAUGCAUUUAAAUGUAAGCGACGUCUUCUUCCAUUAGUAAUGAGACCAGGAUACAAACCAGAUGGUUGGUUAGGAUUUAUGAUUGGAUCAAGAGUAUAUGUAGAUUUUGGUCGAUAUGAUUUUGAUACAGCAUGUGAAAAAUUAAUGAUAGAAAUUAAUUUACAAAAACAACAGGUUAUACCAACUAUAGUGAUCAAUCCAUCAGAUCAUGAAAAACUUGCAGAAAUAAUUUCCACUGGAACUGAACAUUUUCAAAAAAACAAGAAACAAUCACCUGAAAUUCUUCCGAAAAAUUCACCUAAAAAUAAAGAUAUAGUAUCAUCAGUAUUAAAAACUCGACAAUCAACGCUUAAUUUUAUUCGAAAACCAAUUAAUACAUGGACCGAAUCGGAUGUAUUAGAUUUUCUUUCAGCUCAUCGUUUAAAUUCGAUAAUACCACUGUGUGAAGCAAUGAAUGGUCGAGCAUUAAUGGAAUUAUACAAACUAUGUACAACUCAUAGACUUCGAGCAUAUUCUGUACUCAAAGAUGAACUAAUGUCUAUACAUAAAAUUAGACUACCCAUCAGUAUUUAUUCUCGAUUUUUAAGUGUUCUCGAAGAUGUAACCAAGUUCCACUCAAUACUAUCACCACCAAUGAAUAAUCCUGCAACGAUUAUUUCUCCUAUUCCAUUUGUGCCCGCUUCUAGUCCGAAUAUGCCUUAUGAUUUUUUAAUAACAACAAAUGCAUCUCCUUUAGAUACAUUGAACAUGGUCAGCUGUUUUGGUUCUCAAUUACUCUUACUCGAUACUCUACGUAAACAAAUUACAAAUGCAUAUUAA